UCUAUUGAAUUCAAUAACGAGAUGAGAAUAGACGAAUACUAGUCUUCCGCAGGUGAGGAGCGAGCUGGAGAUGCUCUGUUUGCCAUCUGGCAUCCUGAAAUACCACUAGAUUUUUUUUUUUAACUGCCUCUGGCUACCCAUCUGCAGUGAAGAAAGGGGAAUAAGAGCAUUGCGGCUGGGCUUCUUUUUUUUUCUUUUUUUUGGUGGUGAAGUCAAGGGAUACUAGCAACGUCCUGCAGGAUAAGGGCCCGCCUAAACUACCACAUUCAUGUGUUGUGAUUGAUUUGCCCCCCCCUUCCCCGUGCGUACGAAAAAUCUUGCAUAGAUUUAGGAGAUAUGAUGCGGCGAGUUGUGCGACAGAGCAAGUUCCGUCACGUGUUCGGCCAGGCCGUGAGGAACGACCAGUGCUACGAUGACAUCCGCGUGUCCAGGGUCACGUGGGAUAGCUCCUUCUGUGCCGUCAACCCCAAGUUUGUCGCCAUCAUCAUAGAGGCCAGCGGGGGAGGUGCUUUUCUUGUACUUCCUCUCCAAAAGACUGGCCGUAUAGACAAGGCCUACCCGACAGUAUGUGGUCACACAGGCCCAGUGUUGGACAUCGAGUGGUGUCCUCAUAAUGACCAUGUCAUUGCUAGCAGCUCGGAGGACUGCACAGUCAUGGUCUGGCAGAUACCUGAGAACGGACUGGAAUCUCCCCUUUCAGAGCCUGUGGUUGUGUUAGAGGGCCAUUCUAAAAGGGUUGGCAUUGUGUCUUGGCACCCCACCGCACGCAAUGUUCUUCUCAGCGCAGGGUGUGACAAUCAGAUCAUCAUCUGGAAUGUGGGCACAGGAGAGGCUAUGAUAAACCUGGAGGACAUGCACCCUGAUGUUAUCUUUAGUGUCAGCUGGAGCCGCAACGGCAGCCUGCUCUGCACCGCCUGCAAGGACAAGAAGGUCCGCGUCAUUGACCCUCGUAAAAAAAAGAUUGUGGCGGAGAAGGACAAAGCUCACGAGGGAGCUCGGCCAAUGAGAGCAAUCUUUUUAGCAGAUGGAAACAUUUUCACCACUGGAUUCAGCCGCAUGAGCGAGCGCCAGCUAGCCCUCUGGAAAACUGAUAGCAUGGAUGAACCAAUAUGUGUUCAAGAGAUGGACACCAGUAAUGGAGUCCUGCUGCCCUUCUAUGACCCUGACACCAACAUAGUUUACCUGUGUGGAAAGGGUGACAGCAGCAUUCGGUACUUUGAGAUAACUGAUGAGGCACCAUUCGUUCACUACCUCAACACCUUUUCCACCAAGGAGCCCCAGAGGGGCAUGGGGUACAUGCCGAAAAGAGGUCUGGAUGUCAACAAAUGUGAAAUAGCAAGGUUUUACAAAUUACACGAGAGAAAAUGCGAACCAAUCAUCAUGACAGUCCCACGUAAGUCGGAUCUGUUCCAGGACGACCUGUACCCAGACACGGCCGGCCCUGAUCCCUCCCUGGAGGCGGAGGAGUGGUUUGCGGGCAAGAACGGUGGGCCCAUCCUGAUCUCACUGAAAGAUGGCUACGUCUCCACAAAGAACCGGGACCUGAAAGUGGUCAAGACGAAUGUUCUGGAGAGCAAGCCGGCCACAAAAGCGGAAAACGUCCCAACUGUCCAGAAGCACGCUUCUCCACAAUCCUCAGUAAAAAUGGAAGACAAGCUGGAAGAGGUGCUCCGAGAGUUCAAGUCACUCAGGGACCGUGUCAUCCUUCAGGACCGUCGCAUCGCCAGACUGGAAGAGCAGGUCGCAAAGGUCGCCAUGUAAGACGCGGCCCCUUCCCAGGACCGCUCGUCGUUUUUAGGGAGAGAACCGACCAGAUGGGGUCAGCCACGGCCAAAUUCAACAGAUUCGGCUUCAUCGAGCUUGGCAUUGUCCCCGUGACGAUUCCAAGCCCACAUUCCAAGAUGAACUUUUUAUCUUUCCUCAUCAAAGCCUUCUGUCUCACAUUUCGCCCCGACAGCACGGCGGGAAAAGGAAAAACUCUCGCAGCCCGUGUACACAUCUGAAGCAAAGACAUUUUUGUUGAAGGAACAGUCUUAAUUUUCUUUUAUUUUCUUUGUUUGUUUUUUUUUGUUUGUUUUGUUUUUUUCAAAUUGUGGUUCUUAUGUAACGUUUGUACUCUACAACUGUAUGUAGCAUCAGUAUUUCCAUUGUUCAUUUUUGUGUUGCCAAAUAUGGAUUGUGUGCCAUUUCAUGCACUGCUUUUACAUUUUGUUUUCUUUCUCCUGUUGUACAUUCCAGUCACAGCCUGGUAGAAUGAUAUAGCCAACCUGGAUUGUUUUUUUGUUUUUUUAAAACAAUAUAUGCUUCUUCCUCCCAUCAGUUUGCUCAAUGAUAAUCCAUCAGAUUUAUGAAUGUGAAAGAAUCCCUUCUUAAAAAAACAUUUUAUUCCUGAUCUUCUGGGCUUUAAAUUUAACUGGGGUUUUAAUCGAGGGGUGGGAGGGGUGCAUCUCUCUGGUGUAAAUGUUGUGCAAAUGUAGUGGUGCCUCUCGUCACUGUCAAGGGUCAAAGGUUGCCCUCUCCAGUGUAUAUUGGUGUUGGGAAGGGACCACUCACCCAGCUCGUGUUUCACUCAAACCCCUCCCCCUGACGAACAGUUCUGUGCACAUAAUAAAGAUUUUACACAUGGGAACCCUC